CCGCCCAUGAGAAGCGCAGGCUCCAAAUGCAUCCCUCUUUUUGAUUCUGUUUCUACAUUAGAUGAGAGGGAGGUGUUCCCAGUAACCGAGACAACAAACGCCCAAGGUCAGGUCUUUCAUAAUCAUACUGGUUUCGAUUUCAAAGUACUGAAAGAGUUAAAAGCAGCUGUGGCUCAAUAUGGAGCCACUGCCCCGUAUACUACCGCUAUUUUGGACUCCAUAGCUGACCAGUGGCUCACACCUAUAGAUUGGCAGACGUUAGCUCGAGCGACCCUCUCAGGGGGGGAUUAUCUCUUGUGGAAAUCAGAAUAUAUAGAAAACUGUAAAGAGACUGCCAGACGCAAUGCACAGGCUGGCAAUGGAUGGAAUUUUGAUAUGUUAGUGGGAGAAGGUCCUCACGCAGACAAUCCCGCCCAAAUGCAGUUUGAUGUAGGACUUUUUGCUCAAAUUCAAACAGCAGCCACCAGGGCCUGGAAAAAGCUCCCCGCAAAGAGGGAGACAAGUUCCUCUCUUACAGGCAUUAAGCAAGGGCCUGAGGAACCUUUUGCAGACUUUGUUCACCGCCUAAUUACCGCAGCUAACAAAAUUUUCGGCAACGCAGAGGCAGGUACAGACUUUGUCAGACAGUUAGCCUUUAAAAAUGCUAAUGCUGCAUGUCAGGCAGCAAUUAGGCCCUACAAGAAAAAAACGGACUUAACAGGAUAUAUACGUCUUUGUUCUGACAUUGGGGCUGCUUAUCAGCAGGGACUUGUUAUGGCUGCCACCCUACAGGGCUUUACGGUUAAACAAUUUCUAUCUCAAAAAAUAAGCAGAAAUGUUUUUCCUGUGGAGAAGCUGGGAGGAAAUCCUCAUUUUGUAACUGGAUAACUUCAAAUCCCCUCCUCUUAGAGUAAACUCGGACUUCUAUUAGUUUGCUAAAAGCGGUGUUUGAGAUUUACCGCCCCACCUGGGGUGAUUGUCAACAGAUGUUAACCUUAAUUUCUU